CUGGUCUGGUCUGGAUGUACAGCACCUUCAAUGUCACAUUUGUUGUGUGUAAAGUAGCUGAACGUCUUUCAGCGAAUUUGUUUCUAAACGUUUAAAACAUGUUUAAAUUAAAUUGUAUAUUAGUUAGUUCUGUCAAUAACGUAUGCCGACAGCUUGCUGCCUCCGUAAAUGCAAACGGAAGCUCCCUGUGUGGAAGCGUCGGGCUGCAGCGGACAUUGUGUUCCAGUGCUGUCAGACUUCAGGAGGCCAAAGCGUCGAGCACAGAAGCUGAGAAUACCAACACUGACUUCAGCAAGUUUCCUCCCCUGCCUGGCCAGGACAGUUUACUGAGAUGGGAGGGAAAGACGUUUGAGGAGAUACCAAUCGUUCACAUUAAAUCAACAUACAACAACACACACAUCCAGCUGACAGAGAGCUCAGGGAAGUCGAUGGUCAGGACGUCCUGCGGAACCGAAGGCUUCAAGAACGUCAAGAAGGCGACGCCCCUCGCCUCUCAGAGCGCUGGCGUCUCUGCUGCUACUAAAGCCGCAGCGAAGGGCGUGACGUUCGUGCGUGUUGUGGUCAAAGGUCUCGGUCCCGGACGUUGGUCUGCCAUCGAAGGCUUGACGAUGGGAGGCCUGAAGGUGAUAUCGAUCACCGACAACACCCCCGUGCCGCACAAUGGAUGCCGCCCACGCAAAGCCAGAAGGAUGUGAUCUCCCUGAACCAGAAUGCAUUGCAGCAGGAGGAAGCGGUCGUGCAGUAAUAUGCUAAAUAAAGUGUUUUGUUGUGUAACU